GUGCGUUCCUCAUCCCCUAUUUGAUGAUGCUGGCGCUUGCUGGGAUCCCCAUUUUCUUCUUGGAGGUCUCCCUGGGGCAGUUCGCCAGCCAGGGCCCCGUGUCGGUGUGGAAAGCCAUCCCUGCCUUGCAAGGCUGCGGCAUUGCGAUGCUCAUCAUCUCCGUCCUGAUAGCCAUCUACUACAACAUCAUCUUGUGCUACACACUCUUCUACCUGUUUGCCUCCUUUGUGCCCGUGCUGCCUUGGGCUUCUUGUAAUAACCCCUGGAACACACCAGAUUGUAAAGAUAAGAACAAACUUUUACUAGAUUCAUGCAUUAUUGGUGACCAACCAAAAAUCCAAAUCAAGAACUCUACUUUCUGUAUGAGUGCCUAUCCAAACUUGACUAUGGUUAACUUCACCAGUGAAGGAAACAAAACAUUUGUCAGCGGAAGUGAAGAAUACUUCAAGUACUUUGUAUUGAAGAUUUCAGCUGGGAUAGAAUAUCCUGGUGAGAUUAGAUGGCCCUUGGCACUGUCUCUUUUCCUAGCCUGGGUGAUUGUAUAUGCCUCCCUUGCUAAAGGAAUCAAGUCAUCAGGAAAAGUGGUGUACUUCACAGCUACGUUCCCCUACGUAGUUCUCAUCAUCCUUCUUAUAAGAGGUGUAACUCUACCUGGAGCUGGAGCUGGAAUCUGGUACUUCAUCACACCCAAGUGGGAGAAGCUAAUUGAUGCUAUGGUUUGGAAGGAUGCUGCCACUCAGAUUUUCUUCUCCUUAUCUGCAGCAUGGGGAGGUCUAAUCACUCUCUCUUCUUACAAUAAAUUCCAUAAUAAUUGCUACAGGGACACAUUGAUAGUCACAUGUACCAACAGUGCCACAAGUAUAUUUGCAGGCUUUGUCAUCUUCUCAGUUAUUGGCUUCAUGGCAAAUGAGCUCAAAGUGAAUAUUGAAGCUGUUGCAGACCAAGGUCCUGGAAUUGCUUUCGUGGUUUACCCGGAAGCCUUAACUAGGCUUCCACUUUCUCCGUUCUGGGCUAUAAUUUUCUUUUUGAUGCUUCUGACGCUUGGAUUGGACACGAUGUUUGCUACUAUCGAGACUAUAGUGACCUCUGUUUCAGAUGAAUUUCCAAAAUACUUACGUACGCACAAGGCACUAUUCACUCUUGGGUGCUGCAUUUCCUUUUUCAUCAUGGGAUUUCCUAUGAUCACUCAGGGUGGAAUGUAUAUGUUACAGCUCGUGGACACUUAUGCAGCUUCUUAUUCUCUUGUCAUCAUAGCCAUCUUUGAGCUUGUUGGAGUUUCCUAUAUUUAUGGAUUGCAAAGAUUUUGUGAAGAUAUAGAAAUGAUGAUUGGAUUCCAGCCAAGUAAAUUCUGGCGAGUCUGUUGGGCAUUCGUGACUCCUACUAUCUUAACAUUUAUUCUUUGCUUCAGUUUCUACCAGUGGGAACCAAUGACUUACGGAGCUUACCACUACCCGGGCUGGUCCAUGGUGCUUGGAUGGCUGAUGCUGGCCUGCUCAGUUAUUUGGAUCCCAGUUAUGUUUGUGAUAAAAAUGCAUCUAGCCCCGGGCAAAUUUAUUGAGCGACUCAAGUUGGUGUGCUCUCCGCAGCCAGACUGGGGCCCGUUUUUGGCCAAGCACCGUGGUGAACGUUAUAUGAAUAUGAUCGAUCCACUGGGAACAUCUUCCCUGGGACUUAAACUGCCAGUGAAGGAUAUAGAAUUGGGGACCCAAUGCUAAUAAUUAUUACAUUGGUGACAAUAACAUUGUCAGCCUUUUCAGCUAUUUUUUCUUAUUUAUUUUUCUGCCAUUUUUUCCUUUUUUUUUUUUCUUCUUUUUCCACAGUGCCUGAAAGUGGCUGCUUAGGAAAGUAAGACUGACUGUUGCAUGCCAUAGGGAGACCUAGCCAGACCACUUCCACGUGCAGGUGAUGCUCAUUCUGUUUUGUGUGAAAUAGCAAAAGCAUGUUGCACAAUGGGUUAUGUCCCAGUAUUUUUCAGGUUAUAUGUAAAUAAACAAAAAACAACAGAACUUUAAAGGAAAUUAUGUGCAAAAUUUGACCUGUUUCACACAAGCAUCCUUGUAACAGCCAAAGAUGGGACUAGGAUUUUGUUUUUGUUACCAAUAUAAUCAAAGGGAAGUUCAGCUCUCAGAUGGGAUGAAAGUGAGCACAGGAGGAGAUCGCCUGUAGCCCUGGUGUAAGUCCAGCAUGAGGCUGUUGCAAUAAGUGGAGUCACUUUGUCUACACUGACAGCAGGCGUUGACUCAUUGUCACACAAUUCUUGUCUAAGUAUGAAUUAUACUAACUUUGAGGACUUGCUGUCUAAACUAGCAGACACCCUCUAAAUAGCAUGCCAGUAGGCAAUAUGUGGGAUCAGAACAGAAACACAAUGGUCUGUUUGCUGUUUUUGAGUAGGAAAAAAACACAACAACAACAAAGUUUAGGAAAAAAAUCACUUGAGAUUGGGGUAAACUGUAUUUGAACCUAGAAGUGGUUUGGAAAGCAUGCCAGACAGGAUUAUGGGCAUCAGUUGAAAGUACUGUCAUACGUUUCUUUCUGUAAUUUGGUAUCUGUCAUUUUCAUUGUAAAUGACUCAGUUACACCACGUGUCCAAAACCUGGCUCCGCUGGCAAACUGUAUGUACUUGAAGUGCUACUGCGGUUUUACUCACUGAACUCCGAUACUUUUGAACAUAGCUUUCCUUGUUUCUCUGCUUUUGUUUACAGUAUCUCCUCAAGAAGCCAUCAUAUAAUUUGUGCCUAACUUUGUAUUCUUACAGUGGUAAGUGUAGUCUGGUUACCACCUGACAACAGUUAUUAGAAGUUAGAUGUGCUGUUCAGCCUUGUGACUCCCCAUUCAUUCUCCACUCUUUAUGCGACCUUUAGAUGUAUUCUUCUCUUUCAACCAACGGGGAAAUAGCAGAAUCCCAGUUGUCUAUAUAUUAUAUAUAUAACACAUAAAUUCUUCCAACUGGUAUUCCCUGGAAUGUACAUAGUUUCCUUUCUAUGUUUUUCCCUUUAGAACACCUUCAUCACAUAGAAACAAAACAAAAAAAACCACAACAAUUAACAUCAACAUGGAUGCAGCAUUAGAUAUACAAAAUGCAAGGCUGGAGGGAGAGGACAGUGUGUUAUACAGCCAUGGUAACGCUGAAGAGUUACAGGACAUUCUAAAUCAUUACAUUUUAGUCAUCAGACGUGGCAAUAUGAAUGUUAGACUCAAAUAGUUGUUACUUACUGGGCAGAGUAAAAAUAGAGCUUUUUAGGAGUACAUUUAUUUAUCUGAAUAGGAAAUUAGCCCAUUUUAUUGUAAAUGCACUAGAAUGAGGGAGAAAAAUAUAUCUUCAAUAAUUGGCACAACUGUAACCUUUACGAUCUUGUUAGAUCCUAUACAUACAGAUACGAUAUUUUUUACCAGUGAUCAGUGUUCACGUAGUGUGUAUUAGUGAUGUUUUAUGUCCCUAUAAGUAUCUUAUCGACCAGUGUAGAGAUGGUGAGCUUAGAGUAGUUUUAGCCUGUUUUCCCUCCCCACACACAUUGUAGUAGCCAAUGAAUGUUCUUUCCUUUCAGGGAACUGUUUCUAUCCCGUUCUUUUGUCUGUCUGUCUGCAUAUUACAGGGUCUCAGGUAAAUCCUCAGUUAAUGUGUGUCUGUAGAUCAGUAGCUGUGUUGUUUCAUCCUGUUGAAGAAAACAAAGCAAAAACUAAACCUUAACGUAAUACUUCCACAAAUGAACUUAUUUUCUCGGUGUGUGUAUAUAUAUAUGUAUAUUAAAUAUAUUAAUCAUUUUGCUGAACUUCCUCUUUCACGGGGCAAUUAGUGUUGCCAAUUAUAGGCACUGCUGGAGACCUUUAAUCCUCAUGCAGGACAAGUGGAGUGCUGUCAGGGGUUGUCACUGAGCGAGACAAGCGUGGAUUUUGCCACAGUUUGGGCUGGCCCCUGAAUUUCUGCCCCAGGGGCUCUGCCGCUCCUCGUCUCGAGGGGCAGCAAGAUAGGACCCUUUUGUGAGCUUCUCUGCCUUAAAGCUGUUGCCCCCUUGUUUUGGCUUUGCCAGCUAUUUUAAUAAGGGUGUUAAUAUUCUUACUUCUGCCUCUUAUUUUCCUGGCAGAGGCAGGUGUGAGAAGCCAUACUCUGACAGAAUGGAAAUUUGGCCCCCACAUCUAAUUGGGGCUGAGGGCGUUCCUCUGGGUGAAGGAAGGAACCUAAGUCAGUGAGCAGUGGCAAUUAGACGUUUUUGUCAGGAUAAAUAGCUUCAGGCCUCUUUACCAAUUUUACCUAGCAUCUUGGUUUGGUAUUUGGAGUCCAGUCUAGUUUGCUUUUGUUACUCUUGUGAUGAAAAGUAAUACAUGUAUAGGUUUGUUCCUCUUAAAAAGGGGAAGAAAAAAUAAAGCAUCCAAAUCACCUAAUAGCUCUGAAUCCUUUUAACUUUGUAACUUUUUGUCUCAGGACAUGAAUUGGAACUGGAAUUAACUACUUGCAAUAAAAUGGCCUCAGUAUAAGGAUGUCAGUUACUGUCUGCGCUAAGUGUAACAGUGGUAUCACUUGAAGGAGUACCGCUAGGUUAUGAUAUCUUUCCUUUGGCUUGGAUUAGCAAAAUGGAAUGCAUAUGAAGAAUUGAAUUGCUUUCCAUGAGUUAGGUAAUGAACAUGCUUGCUUUUAAUUUAAGUGUUGUUCCUGUGAUUGUUAGUUAAGUCAUGAGUACAGGAUUAGUCCUGACUUAGAAACUCUGAAAGCAGAUGAGUGAUUUUUUUUAGUUGAUUUUUGUCUUUAGCUUUAACGUUCAAUACUGGGCUUGCAAAAAUAUUUGGAGAAGGGGGAGAAAUGAAUUUAAAAGUCAGAGAAAAUACGAGGUUUUUAUAGUAUGUUAAAAACAGAAGUUUUUUUUUUCGUGCUAGACUUCUUAAAAAGUAUUUUACUGGCCAAAUCCAAGCAUUGAGAUUAAAUGAACCAGCAGUGGCCUCUUUAAAUGAGAAGUAACCUUGCAGUUUGGGAAUGCACUUCAUUUACUAUGUUCUAGGAAAGUUUGCAUGUGCUUUGAUAAUUUUCUAAAAAUAAAUUUAGUAAUUAAUUAAGUACCAGUAAAGAUCUUUACAAAUAAAAAGGAGGGGAAAAAGCCAUAUUAGUAAAAAUGUGAUGUACGUACUUGCAGAUACUUGUGAGUAAAACGUUCAAAUUUGGUGAGAAUUACUUAUGUUGCAUAUUUUUUCUUUGAAAUGAAAUUGAACUUCUGGAUGAGCUAAGACGCGCUGUUGUAUGCAUUAAAGAUCACACUUAAUGCAAAUGCUUGCCAUCUUCAAAUCCUUUGGGGUCUUCCUAGUGUUUUUAAUAUGCAAUGUUCAAAACCUGUGUUUCAGCUAGACAUGGCAGCACUUUGUUCCCAAAAGAAGGGUUUAACAAAAUGACCUUUAAAUGAGAAAGACUUGGAUUGUCUUUAUAUGUUUCAAUUGGGUCAAAGUAUUCUUUUGAUUAGGUUCUGCUCCACUGACCACAUUAGAUGUGCCUCAGCACUGAAGAUCAUCGCUUCCGAUACACUGUGGCUAUCCCGUACCAUGAAAUUCCAAAUGCUAAUUUAUUUUAGGUAUCUUCUGGCCUUUUUGAAUAUAUGUACAGUUGUAUGGAUAAUAUGAUUUCUUGCUGCCUAUGGUAAAAGCGAUUGCUUAUUUGUGACAAAGAUUGGUUUCCUAUUGGUUUCUUAUUCUGCAGCUCCACUUUUUCUUGCUGUCAAAGAAAGACAUGAACAGUGUGGGUUGCAGGCUGCAGGAUCUUUUGGCAAGUGGCCUCCCAAAACGUGCCUCUGUUUUGCUAGUAACGCUGUUCUAUCUGGCAUGAUUACGAGACACUUGUUUCUUAGUUUGUAGUUAAAUGGCGUGCACAUAAGAUAAUUGUCAAAUGGUCAGAUCUUGAUAUUCCAGAGGGACUCAGGUUGAUGAUUCAAGGGGGGAGGGUAGGGGUAUUUGUGGUUUCUGCCUUCAUCACCCUCAGGCAGCCCAUCACCAAAGAGAGAAGGUUUUCCUGAUGGGUUUAACUUAAUGCGAGAACCAGGCUGGACCUUAUAGCUUGCAAUAUUAUUAUUUGCCCAUAAUAUUUAAAUACAUCAUCAGGUAACCAUUUGCCUUAUAGCUAUCUUCCAUUGUUAAGAAAAUUAUUGAUCGACUAAAACACGUUGUUAUCUGUCAUUUAUAUUAUGUAGUAUUACCUUGUAAGGUGGAUGCUUAGCUGGUCUAAAUUGUCACAGUUUGGUUUGGAGCUGUGACAGUUCAUACCAGCUGAGAAUUUGCUCCCUGUGUCCUAUGGCACUUUAUUACAGACCCAUCGCUGAUGGGUUAAAUCUUAAUUACUUGCGUAAUGUCAUAUAUAAAUAUAUAUAUAUAUUUACAGGCAUUCUAUAGGGUACUGCUGCCUAUGGAUAAAGAUUUGUACCCUAACCAGGUCAUUUAUUUUUUUCAUUACCUAUGUGUGGAGAAGAUGCAUUAUGUUACAAAGGGUGCACCAUAUAUAUCUCAUGUAGUGCAUAUUAUAAUGCUGUAUGUUAUUCAUUUAAGAAGUCAUUAUUCUUGAGGCCCUACCUCAAAUUUUGUAUUUAUGUGUACAAAUGCAAUUUAUUGUAUUAUAUAUUUGCCUAUUAUAUUUGGAUGUGAUAAAUUAAAAUUAUUCAAUAAUGUAUGGGCUCCAAGUCUCUAA